ACUCCCUCCAUCUCAUCUCUCCUCUCCUCAAAGAUUUCAGCCUAUGACCACUAGAGGUCUUUUCUUUUCACAUGGUAGCUGCCGAGCAGUUUGUUCGGCUUUUUAUUUAUUCCUACGUGAGCAGACCCACUACACUUCUUGCAUAUAAACAGUGAAAAUUACAACAUAAAGGACUCAUUAUUCCUUCUUUUGGAGUAAUUCUGCUGCUGGCCAAAGCCUGGCUCGUUUUGCAAGGAAAGGGAGGACAUCUCUGCAGGUAAUUCUACUGCUUCAAGACGCUCCUUGCUGGCUGGCAGGACUGCCAGGCCUCAGACCCCUGCCCCGAGGCCCAGUGAGCUCAGUUCUCACUCAAAUUCCCAGAGGCUGCAGACGUGGCUCACUUUGCCUACAUGUGAACUUCAGCCAAGACACUCUGACAGGGUCUCUGCCCUCUGAAUGCCCUCGGAUGCCUCAAUCCUGUCAUGGUCACACAGCACUGAGUUUUGUGACAAAAAGGGAAACAGCAUGAAAGAAAACAAUGGCCCCAAAGGAGGAACUUGUGAUUGACACAAAUGGGGAUGUUCCCUUAGGGGCACCAUGUAUCAUCAAAGAAGCCAGCCCCCAGGUCACUGAUUUCCCUGUCUGCUUACAUGCUAUGGAAAGAAGAUGUGUUUAAGUUUCCUAUAGUUUUACAGUGGAAACUGAUGCUCCGGGAAAGGAAGCCGUAUGUUCCAGACGUAGCAGGUUUCUUUUGGAAUUCACACACUGGGAGUCUGGCGCUAUCCCCUAAAUGGUACUUUUGUUGUCUUUUUGUUCAAGACAGCAAGCUUCUUCCAGGAUCAGAACCGCCUGCCAGCCUCUCUUGAUAAACAGCCCACCAGCUCUCUUGGUAGAUCAGAUGUUUAAUGAUUAGCCUAACUCAUUGUUUAUCUAAGUGGCAAUUACCACCGCAAUGAAAUAGUAUUUUAACUGCAGGGGGAGCAUUACGGCUAGUUCUCAAGUAGAAUCUACUGUCUGGGAAUGGCCAACAGAGCUUCCCAUACACAGAGGAGAGGACCACUUCAUCCUGGCUGGCAGAUCUCCAUGCCUGAGAUGCCAUCAUUAGAUGCUGCUCCAAAGACCUAAGGAAAUGUGCCCCAGAGAAGUGUACGGUCCCAAUCCUCUCAACUGAGGCUCAAUGGCCCAGCAAAAUAUGAAAGUGCGGCCUGUGCUUCUAAAGCGUAACAGCCUAGAGUCAGUGGAGUUUGUGAAGCAACCCCACCACCGCAGGAGCAAAUCUCAACAGGUUCGAUUCAAGGAAGAUGGGACCAGUAAGACUCCACCUGGCCUAGCUGAGGCUGAUGUCCAGACUUCUGAGGACCCAGGUGCAAUGGGCAAGACUCAAGCCUCCAGGCACCAUCACCUUCCCACCUACUCACUCUCCUUCCCCAGGUCCCAGAAGGCAGGGGGCUUUCGGAACAUUGCGAUCCAAACCUCCCCCAGUCUCAGGAAGCAUUUCCCAGUUUUCAAAAGGAAGAGACUCACAGCCAGCAAGUCCCUGGUAGAAAUGCCAACAGCAUCCCAAAGUGCCAUCCAGGUCAACGGCAACCUCUCUGAACAGGACAUUGUGUCCUCUGACCUUGCCUACUUAAGAUUGGCUCAGCAUCUUGAGGAUGGGCCUCGAAGGGUCAAAGUGUCUCAUCCAUUUCCUCCUAGAAUGUCCAAGGUGCAGAGCAAUGGGCCUAUUAGCAUAUGCUUGGAAGCAGGGGCUUGGAGGGCCUCAGAGAAAGCAACUGCUGCCAUUCAGGUCCCCGAUGAUAUUUACCACAGUCCUACCUGGGCAGCUAGAAAGUCCACUUUCAGCCCAGACAGGUCAGGUGAUAUAAGCAACUCCAUACAUCCUUUGGUUGACAUAUGUCCAGGUGAUGGGAGAACAGUGCCACUAUCAGAUUCAGAAAGAUCCCCUUCCUGCUUAAAUGCCACCAGCGAUGCCAGCCACACGCCAGGCACAGGGAAACUUAAACCCGAAUUGCUUUUGCCCAAAGACAACUCUGAUGACAAAGACCUUGGACCAUUGUCAUCUCGGUCAAAGGAAACAUGUGUUCCCUCACCUCCACGGACUCACCGCUCCCCCUCACCAGGCUCCCACAGCCAGCCAGCCCAUCCGGGAGGGGCUUCAGACUAUUCUUCAUCGAGCAACAAUCACCAGGAUCUGCUGUCACUCAAAACUAACAGUGUGUCAAAAUCUGUCCCCAUGUGUCAGGAGCAGAUGGCAAAGAACCCCACCCAGUCAGACACCCAGGACUUUCAAAAUUGUUCAGGAAACAGUCACCUCCCAGCUCCUCUUCCAAGGAGGGAGACCACACUGCAGAGCAGCAGAGAGACUGGUGGAAUUAAUCCAAUUCACCUGGCACGGGGGGAGCUCUGUGAUCUCCAAGGCAGGCUGCAGUCCGUGGAGGAAUCUCUGCAUUCGAACCAAGAGAAAAUUAAAGUCCUUUUGAAUGUAAUCCAAGACUUGGAGAAAGCUCGAGCUCUCACAGAAGGGCGCAACUUUUAUCGAACUGGCCAAGAUCUCAACAACUGCAGUACCUGCCAGAAUACAGCGUGCAUCAUAUACAGUGUAGAAUAUGAUUUUCGACAGCAGGAAGGCAGGUUCCAUGAAGUUCUACAGAGUCUGGAGGAAGCAGAACCAGUUGAGGAGGCAUCUCCCCCACCAAAGUCCCCAGCAGAGCCUCCAGUCCCUGAGAAACAGGACUUAAGGAGGAAAACCAAGAAAGUGAAGAAGAAAUGCUUCUGGUGGAUCUGAGCUUGUUGGGUCCAUUCCCUUUGCCCUCCCCAAGUACCUCCCCAAGGGCCUGGUUGUCCAUUCUUGAACGGAGAUGUAAACACCUACUCUACCUACUUUGUAAGCUCUGUGCACAUUCCAACAUCAAAAUGAGCAGAACGACCCAGAGCUCAGUUGGAUCAUUUGCCAAAGUUACCCUGGAACGAUGAAGAGGUGUCUGAGGUAACUCACACAAAAGGAUAAUCCAACUCUUAAAUGAUGAAUCUCACCUUGUCAUACACUUGUAUUGAGUGAGGGGCCUGAGAUAAAGCCUCAACUGAAUUAAAUGAAACUGGGGUUGGAAAAUUUUGACAUUUUGAGAAAAAACAAACAAACAAACAACAACAAAAAAUGAGGCUAUAUAAUUCUAUACCAAAGCACAACAUAGCACUGCUCAGGCCACCAGCCUGAAACCAGAAAGGUCUCUUCUGAAUACUGAACAUUUAAAAUAGUUAGGAGGGAAAUGGAUUCAGUAAACACCUUCCUGCUACACAAAAAUGGUCAUCUCCAUGUUUUGAAGAACAUACAGAUACGUAUGCCAAACCUCUAUCUAUACUCGUCUACCAUGUGAAAUCACUUCUUUGUAAAAUACGAUGUAACAUCUACCAUGCUAUUCUACAGAAAUGCUGUACUUGAGGUUAUAUGGUUUUAUGGAGAGAUAUUAAUUUGGCAAAAAUUACUUUUGUAAAAUUGAAGGGGAAGAGACUCACAUAUCAACUUAAGUUGCAGGAGUUUGUGUAGCUGCUUUCUCUGUAGUUAAAAAAAUAGGUACUCACUAUACUUGGAACUUCAUGCCAGCUCAUCUAUAGAGAGCACCUUCUUCAAGACUGUGUACUAAUGUAAGGUUUUGUAAAUUUCUAAACUGUUUUAAAUGGGAUAUUAUCUUUUGCAAUAAACUUACGUAUUUUUCCUAG